AUGCCACUCACCGAAAUCGAGACUAACGGCUGGACCACAGUGCCCGUCAGCGCCAAAGCAAUCAAGGAUUCAGUCCAGCAACUUGGCGAUAACAAGACCUACACUGUUCAAGACAUCGACUUCCCUUCCGAAGACAAAAUUGUUUCUGAAGCUCAAGCCUUUGUCAAGGCUCGUUUGAGUACAGAGGCUUAUAACCACUCCAUGCGGGUGUUCUACUGGGGAUCGAUAAUUGCCAAACGUUUGCUACCCAAGCAGGCAGAGGUGCUAUCACCAUCUACUUGGGCGCUGACAUGUCUCCUACAUGAUAUUGGUACUGCGGAGGCUUACUUAACUUCGACCCGUAUGUCUUUCGAUAUCUACGGUGGUAUCAAGGCUAUGGAGGUGCUCAAAGGCCUUGGUGGUAGUGUCGAUCAGGCCGAGGCUGUUGCCGAGGCCAUCAUCCGUCAUCAGGACAUGGGAGUAGAUGGCACUAUUGCUUUCCUUGGCCAGCUGAUUCAGCUGGCAACUCUGUAUGAUAAUGUUGGGGUGUACGAAGGUAUUGAGGACUUUCCUAACUGGAUCGACGAUGCCACUCGUGGGAACAUUAACACAGCGUUCCCGCGUCAUAGGUGGUGCUCCUGGUUUGCUUGCACAAUUCGCAAAGAGGUAGCCAACAAGCCUUGGUGCCACACUACACAUAUCCCGCAGUUUGAUAAGCAGAUGGAGGCGAAUACUUUGAUGAAGCCAUGGGAGUAG